GAAAGAUCUGAACUUUUGACAACAGAGUUGACAUUUUUGGUCACAUAUUGAGAACAAAAGUGGAAGUAUCAGUGAUCGGAAAAUGAACUUUAGGGGCCCUUAGUUUAUGAGUGUGAGUGAAAACAGUUGUACAGAGAACAGCCCUUUCCCUGCUGCCCUCGGACUUCACACAUCAAAUUCUCGAUCUCUCUUAUAAUUUUGUGGGCAUGCAUUCCGACAUCUGCAAAAGUUAAAUGUCUAAUUUAAAGUCUUGGCCUGAGGCACAUGCCCCGCCCAGAAGGCCGAGAGGAAGAAAGGGUGACAGGGCCUGCCGCGGGCACCCGGCGGCCGCCGAGCCGGGCCGGGCCGGGCCGGGCCGGGCCGGGCCGGGCCGGGCGCUGCCGCCUUCGUUCACACGGCAGAGCCACAGGCCGCCCGAGAGCCGCCCGGGUAGGACGGCCAGACCACCCACCCCCCUCCCCGGAGGGCGGCUGCCUUGCGCCCGACCGCCUCGCACCGCGCCGCCGGGAAACACCGUCGUGCAGGCAGCGGGCCCGGGCGGCGGGCAGCGGGCCCAGCCCCUCAGGGCAGGGCCGCCCCCGGGAGCCGCUCUGGGCACCAAGCCCGGCCCGCCCGCUCCUCGGAGCGCCGUUCCUGCCGCCUCCCGGGGCGGGUCCAGGUCGGCGGGGCCACCCGGGCAGCGCCGGCCCGGCCCCGGCCCGCCCCUCGCCGCGCCCAGCCCUGCACCUGCCUCCCGGCACCGCCCCGCUGCCCGCCCCGCGCGGAGCCGCCGGCGAGUCGGGCCGAGCCGCUUCGGGAGCUGCUGCCGGAGCCGGCGGCCGCCAUGGGCACGGUGCGCGGGGGAAUGCGCUGCAUCAAAAUCCUGCUGUUCAUCUUCAACCUGACCUUCUGGCUGGCAGGAUUGGCUGUCAUUGCCUUUGGUCUAUGGCUGCGGUUUGGUGGGGUUAUGGCAGACUUUGCUUCAGACAAAAAGUCUCCAGAGUAUUUCUUCAUGGGACUCUAUGUAUUGGUGGGAGCAGGGGCUCUCAUGACCACAGUUGGAUUUUUUGGGUGCUGUGGAGCAGCGCGGGAGUCUCAGUGCUUACUUGGAGCAUUCUUUGCUUGCUUGUUGGUGAUAUUUGCAGCUGAGGUCACUGCUGGAGUAUUUGCCUUUAUAGGCAAGAAAGUGGCAAUACAGGAAGCCCAGAAAAUCUAUGAAGAUGCUUAUGAUGACUAUAUGAAAAACCCAGGGGGGAAGGUCAACAGGACUAUCUAUCACUACCACUUGGCUCUCCAAUGCUGUGGUAAAGAUAAUAUGGAACAACAAAUGGGAUUACCCUGUCCAGAGAAUAUCCAGAUGCCAAAGAACUGCCUAGUUGAAAUCCAGAAAGUAAUUGAUGCUAAUCUGCAUUUCGUUGGAAUUGUUGGAAUUGCAAUUGCUGGCAUCACAAUCUUUGGCAUGAUAUUCAGCAUGGUUCUGUGCUGUGCGAUCCGUAACACGGGAGAAAUGAUCUAAAACUUUCACUGCACAACUGAGUCCCAGGAGUUCCAGACUAAGCUUUACAAGAAGUGCUCUUCUACCCAGUUUAAUAAUUGUAAUGCAUUUUAAUUAGUGUUUUAACAUACUGAGAGGAAAAUAUCCCAUUAGGUGAGCAGGUGAAUUGUAUUAGUUACAGUAAAACCAAAGUGAACAAAAAAGGGUUUUAAAAUGUCCUUUUUAAUGAAAAAAGCAAAGGUGCAUCUAAGACUAAUUUGAUUUUUAAUGUUUGUAUAUGUCCAUUUAAGAGUUUACACAUUCACAGACAUUGUGUAAGUACACGCAUAUCUCUCCUUAUAAAUAUAUAUGCACAUGAGCAGGUACCUGUAUAUGCAGUACCUUGUUUAGGUAAGUAUGUGCAAAUGGAAUGUGCUGUGUGUGCAUGUUUGCAUGUAUAUUCUUCCAGAGUCUCACUAUGCAAGAGUGUACACACACCUAUAGGUAUAUAAUGCUUGAAACCCUCUCAUAUUGAGCCCCCGUUUGCCAAGAGUUAGCAGAAGAACAAAUGCCAUUUUAAAAAGUAAGACCUAUGAUCCAUUUUGUAACUGUUCUUUCCAAAGCCCAAACAGAGUAGAAUUAAUAAAAUUGGACUUUAUUAAAAAAAAAAAUUAAAGCUUAAUGGCCUGCUCCACCAAACUUUAAUUCAAGUGAGUAGACCCCUUGACUUCACUGUCAUGCAGAGACUGGAUUUUUUUUUUUUUUUAAGGACCGGACCCUUCAUGCAAAUGCAGAAAGCUCUGGGGGAGGAAACAAGUCCAAGGAGAUCCAGGCUAAAGGAAGAGGGGGAAAGAGGUGAGAAGCUGGCAAGAUAACGCAGUCAUUUGGGAGCAAUUGCAGUGCAAAGUGUGCUUAAGCUUCCCAAGCUAGCCUGAGAUACACACAAAAAAAUAAAUCUAUGAGUUAAAAGGGACACUAAACUCUUUAUUCAGAAGUCCCUUUAUCCUGCAAGACUCUAUAUGGUCUAUGUGCUGGUGCAGGAGUGGAGCUUAUAUCCAGAAAAGCAGCAGCUUUGUCAGAUAUUCUGUAGAAUCUAACUGGCCUGCAGAAGCCAACCGAAGAGCAGAAAUGGUCAGGGAAAAACACGCAGCACUUUAAUAUCCUCUGUUUCUGCUUCUGUGACUAUCACAGCUUCCAUGGGGCUCUUACCUCAACCUCUCACCCUUUCUUGCGGGUGUAAGGCAGGAAAGAAAGAUGGGACAUUUUUACAGAGCCAUAAAAUAAAUUUUCUUACUGGCACCUUUAGAUUGCAUGUCAGGUAUAAAAGUUACACUGUGUGCUUGAAAUACCUCAGGGCUUGCGUUUACAUAGUUUGUUUCUAUAUUUUUAUUUUUCUAUUUGUCAUAUUUAUUCAUAUGAGAAUGUUCCUUUUAAGACAGCCUAGAAGGGAGAAAGGUUGUCCCCAGAAGGGGAAAAUAAAUUACAUCAAAGGCUCAGAAUCUCUUAAUUUUUGGCUUACUCGAGAUAAUUCACCAUUUCAGAGAACAGCUUUUUGCUAACAAUAUCCACAUAGCAGCUCUGUCUCACUGAUGAUCGCUAGUUCAGAUUUCUGAUGCAGUUCCACACGUGAUGGGGAAAAGUUCAGCUAAACUACCUAUCUCAUUGAAAUGGUCCAUGAUGUCUAACAGGGCUUGGCGUUUACAAGUCAUGGGGUCUUUAUUCCACUAAGCACGAUAGAAAGAAAUGGAAUUUCAGAAAAUGCAUGCAUUCUAGCGCACCUUUGUGUGGAAUAUACAUCCCUCAUGAUAUUAUCUCUCGUUUCCCAAAGAAACUCCAACUCCCAUCACUCUUCUGUUACUUCAGGAUUGAAAAUAGCAUUGCUGUUCCACGUAUCCAAUUUAAUUGAUGCAUCUUGCUGUCUUUUACAUAGAUCUCUCUUUUCAAAUUGUUCAACCACAAACUGUGACACUGAGACAGCUGUGCACUAAAUGCUGCCUAUGCAGCAGGCACUGCCAGCUGAGCAGUUUCUGGGCCUAGCUUCAGGUACCCAGCUGGCAGGGAGACAUUAUAUCAUACGCCAAAGAAGAGUUAGGCUUGCAUCUCUCCAUUCACAGCUGAUUAGCUACGGAUGCCAUGUAAAAGUAGGGCCUGGGCCCUUAUUCUGCAAGCAUCAGACCAGGAAAAUAGGGCCCCGAUCUGCUGUCUGCUCCCAAGAAAGGCUCAACCAGGAGAAUGACGCUGGCAUCAAAUCCAUGAGGGUCUCAAGCUGAAGCUAGGAGAGUGUCUCACAGCAGACAACUGACAUAGCCAAAGCAAUUUCCUGGACCCCAGGUACACUUGAGAUUGUCCCUACAAAUAGAUAAUAGCAUACAACUGGGGUGUUUUCUCCCAAGGUAAUACUGUCAGAAAGAAGAAACCUAUGUGUAGUGUAAUUUUUGCCACUCAGAGCAAGACAGCUUUCCAGGAAAACCAGUAAAAAUAGCACAAUAGGGAAGCCAGUGGUUCAGGUUCCAAAAUUACUGCCCUACAGAGGUAGAAAUUUAUUGCAAAUAAAGCUAUUUCCUUCUGUUACACUCCCCCUUGUAAUGACAGUAUUUUAUUUAAACACAUCUACAUGUAAUUGGUUUUAAUUCCCCAAAUUUGUAGCACCAGAAUGUCAUGAUAGGACCAGAGUUUAGCUUCUUUAUUUGUUUACUGUUUCUUGAGAAAGUUGGAAGAUGCCCACUCCUGCUUUUGAGAUGCACUGAAUAAAAAGGCAGCUUGCAGAAACUUUUGUUGCUUCCCCAGCCCCCCACUCCCCCAGAAGUACAAAAACAUCUAAAUGCCUUAUGAAAACAGGGAAGAGUUGUACAAAGAAACCUUCUAUAAAUUCAGACUUGAACAACCUAACUUUCUGCUGAAGUGUUUUGGGUUUGUGGUGGUGUUUUUUUUUUCUUCCUCUGAACAGUGGAUUUGUUUUUCUGAGCAUAAUUACUGCUUAUACUCUAGGGUUUACUGCUAUUUAGGUAUACAGGAUACUUGCACUGCAUAUCCAGAACAAAAUAAUACCAGUUAGUGGUUUAGUUCUCUAAGCUAUUGAUUUAAUUUGAGCUGGAAAUCAAUGUGUUAUGCAACUACUAGUGCCUUUAAUGGAAUCCAGAGAUACAGCCUCUUUUGUUGUUUCCUGCUGUUGUGAGGUGCAUAAUAUAUUUGCAGUUUUCUCUGCAUCUUAGUAACGGAAACUAUUUUUUAACUCAUUAAGGGACAGAAAAUGCAGCUGUUCUUCCCCUGUCAAAGCUGUAAGAAUUUUUUCCUGUUGCUUUUAGAUCGUAGUUAGUUAACAACUCCAAUUUCCAUUGACUGGCUUGAGCAGCCCUUUUUAAAUGCUCAGAUGUCACAGGUGGGGUUAUGGCUAUCAAAACUGGAUAUAUAGUGCCCACAGUUGAUUGUGCUGCCGCUUUCAUUUCAGCUCUUGAAAGUGCAAAAUCUUUGAUCUUUGCUGGCAGUACAAAAUGAUUUCCAAGCAAUUAUACCAUGUGUCUUCAAUAAGAAAGCUUUUCAAAGGUAACUAAAUCUAAACCAAUACCUAAACUUCCUCGAGUACAGUUCUAAUUAACAAACUCCCAAUGCUUGUAUGCACCAGAUACAGAAAGUCAGCAGAAGUACCCCUUCAGUCCUGUCCCUUGCACCUGUUUCAGAGGAAAAGUGGCAAAAGAUCAAAUCCCUCCUGGUGAUAAUUCUGAAAGUACAUCACACACUUUUUGUUCUUCUCCUGUGAAACUGUUUGUUCUAAAGCAUAAAGAUGUAAAUUGUUGAUGCCCUUAUUAUAUCUCUAAACAUCAUUAUUCACAUUUCCCUUGUCUAAUUUAUCUAAGUAACUGACUUCAGUGUGAGCUUCAUUUGUUAAAGAAAAACCUCAGCCAGUUUUGAUAUCUUGCAGAGAUUGCACAGGAGCUGAUGAAGCACAGCCCUGUAAUAUCCCUACAGUGAAGAUUUGUAUUUCACUUUUCUUCAUACUGAAAGUGAUAGUUUUAUAGCAAAAUGUAUUUCAUAUGUAUUGAAAAAGAAAUCAAGUUAUCUUAAGCCUUCAAAUGCUAUGUUUUACAGCCUUUGGAGGCUCCUAAUUAACAGCAUCAGAGGCCAUUCAUAGAAAGUGUACAUAAAUAAAGCUUUUCAAUCUUACUUCUUCCUCUCUAUUGGUGCUCCAGCCACUAGGUUCUCCAAACCACAAACCACUUCCAAUAGAACAGCUUUGUUUCUAUCGCACAAAUUCUAAUUUUGGACAGAACUGGCGUAUCAGCUUAUGCUGCAAAGCCUGUGGCAGAAUUACCUCUAUGGCAGCUUUCUUUGAGAGAAAAACCCCACCUUAUUCUGUUGCCAAAAUCAGCUUUCACUUCCCUGUAGUCAAAUGUGUUCUGAAGUGGCGUUUUAUCAGCUUUUCUGUCUUGAAUUUCAAACAACUUUCUAAUAAAAAUAACCUGAAAUAAACGAC